UUGCGUUAACUGAAUAGAGAAAGAUAAUAGUGGGCAAGUUGGGCAAAUUUAUGAUCGCUUAAGAUUAAAAAAAUCCAUAAACGGUAUUCGGUAUUCCGCAUGCUGGCUGACAUUCUGUAAUAAUCAAUGACGUCUCAUUUUAUAUCUGAGAAAAAUUGGCAAGAAUAGAGGCGAGAAGGCGUAAAAUUACAGUAGAAAUUACACUACCAAAGCGACAAGAAAUUCGCCUUGCAUUUCUUUACGACUUUCGGCGUGAACUUUAAAUGAAUUUCAAGCUGCAUAUAAAAAUUCGCAGGGUAUUUUAAGAUCAUUUGAAAGUGGUGUCAGAGAUUUCGAGGAACGAUGUUGCGCGGAUCGAUAGGAUGGUCGACUUUUUCCACCAACGAGCUUACAGUGAGUUCCAAUCUUUUCCCUAAGCAAACUUGCGGCGAAAUAGAAACAGAUUGCGCCACACCAAAUGGUACAUCUGCAACAAAUAAUCAAAAAAACAUACCAAAUAUUCCCAGCAGCAAAAGUUCGGCAUGCGCGACACCCAAUAGUCCAACCGAGCAUGAAGUUAGCGGUACGCCAACACUACACGAACGCAUCAAACAAGAACCCGGCACAGAGGCUGAGCUCGAACAGCAACACCUAAAAACCGAUCUUCCAAGAUCUUCUCAAGCUGGUGCCCCAGUAUGCACACCAACAUCCACACCAUCACCCCUGCCUACAACAUCAUUAGCGGCGCCCGCUUGCGUACCACCACACACAGUAUCCUCUAACCACCCCUUGGAGCUGCAGAAUGUGCCACCAACAGCGCGCUCGCCUUUCGAACUUUCUGCUCACCCGCAUCUAACAUUGCCGCACAACAACGCCGAACAAUCGCUCAUGCAAAUGCAAUUACUAUCCUCACUUCCGCAUGAUACCAUGCAAUCUAUGCAACUGCACUACGGACACGCCCAUUACCAUCACCAACAACAUCUCCAACAUCAACAACACCCGUCAUCGCAUCCCCAUCAACAAUUGUCACAUAAAUCUUUGCUGCCCGCAGAUGCUCAUCGCUUCCCCGCCAGCCCAUUGGACUUCCAACAGGCUCUGAUGUCAGUCGGACCGCCGAGCUUGAGCGCCGAUGCCGCCUCCGGUGCGAAUCAGAAACACUUUUGUCACGUCUGUCGGCGUAACUUCAGUUCGAGCUCAGCGCUACAGAUCCAUAUGCGUACCCACACUGGUGAUAAGCCGUUCCAGUGUAAUGUGUGUCAGAAGGCCUUCACAACUAAAGGAAAUUUGAAGGUGCACAUGGGUACGCACAUGUGGACGAAUCCCACAUCACGACGUGGCAGACGUAUGUCACUUGAGUUACCCCUACAUCGACCCGGAAGUAUGCCAGCCGAGACGGAUUUCAUGCAAAGGCGUCCUGAGUUAUUUUUCCCGUAUUUGCCGCCAUUUUUCAACGGAUUACCGCCAAAGCCUAGCGAUCUGAGCUCUAGCACCUUUUCCAACCUGACACCACCACACUUUCCGAAUGGCGCGAAUGCUGGCAAAUAUCCACCCGGACUCUUGGGUCUGCCGCCUUUUCUGGCGCCUCCCUACAGCUUUCCGGGCAUGACGCCACAGUCAAUUGGCGAACGUGCGCAGGGAGGGGAUAGUAAAUCUCCAACAUCAACAAGAGAUGAGCCCAAGAACUCGGAUAGUCUACCGCGUGCCACGGCCUUAGAAGACACAGCGCCUUGGCAUAUGUUAAGUAAAAUUAAAACGGAGAACAAUCAAAAUGAAGAAAUGUCAACAACCCCGACGAAUAGCAAUCAAAUGGAUGAGACGCGCGCUGAGGCGCAACGCGUAGUAGAUUAGUCGGCGGGGUAACCAUAAAAUAUGUUACAAUGGGGUAAGCUUUCAAAAUUAUAGAACCACUUACUUUGUAUAAGAGAUUUUAGGCGACGUGAAAAAAAAAUGUGAAUGUGAAAUUAUUUUUAGCGCAUAGUGAAACUGAAAACAUGGUUUUGUGGAGUACAUAUCGUAAAAUCGUAAAUGCUUGAAAAUUAUUGCUAAAUUAUGAGCUCAUGAAUAUUGUAAUUAAAUGAAAUAAAAAAUAAACUAAAAUAAACAGUAUCGAACGUAUAUACGCAGGUAUGUAUGCCUGACAUGAAGAGAAAUAGAAUUCAGCGAGUUAGUUUUAAGUCCAAAGCAAAAGAGAAAAAUAAUUACACAACUAAAUAAAUACAAUAAUUAGUAUGGAACGCAUGUCUGCAUUUAAGUGGCAUUAAAUUAGUGUACAGUUAGAAAGUAAUAGUAAUAAUAUUAGCAUUAAAUAAAAAUUAAAUUAUAUAUACACAUGAAUAUAUGACUUUAUGAAAGAAAAUUUAAUUUAUUUAGUCAAGAAGAAAGUGGCAAUUAACGGCAACGAUUUGUGGCUAAGCAAAAUUGUAUGUGUAGGCCCAUACUUACACACGAGUAGGUAUAUGAAUGAAAAGAGCGUGCAAUGCAAUUUAUAAAAAUGCAAUGUAAUAUAAAUGAAAUUAAUAAAAUAAUAAACGUAAAUUAUUAAAAA